UGUGAAGGGAUCCAAGAUUCAUACCAGUGUAAGGAAGCAGUUGCUAUAUGUUUUCCAGUCCAGAUUAAGUGAGGGGAAGGUCUACAACCUAUCAUGUUUUUCUGUUGCUCCAAGUGCUGGCUCAUACCGUACCACACAACACCCAUAUAAGAUUAUCUUCCAGAUGACAACCAAGGUUCAGGUCUCCGAAAGCUUCACCAUUCCUAAAUAUGGUGUUUCUUUGACCAAACUUGUUGAUGUUUGCGCUCAUACCUACGAUUAUGACUAUUUAGUUGAUGUUGUUGGCUUAAUGACUGGUAUAUCAAAUGAGAGGGAGUAUAUUAGAGAUGGCAAGGUGACCAAGAUGGUUGUUUUUCAACUCACUGAUGAUAGUGGAAGUUGUGAGUGUGCACUUUUUGGCAAAUAUGUUGAUGCUUUGAACAAGCUUAUGCGAAAGGCUGUUGAUGGGAUGCCUGUUGUGUUGGUGCAGUUUGCCAAAGUGAAAAUCUUCAAGGAUAAGGCAUCCCUUUAGAAUGUCUUGAACACCACUCGAAUUUUGAUAAAUCCUCCGAUAGAGGAGGCGGCUUGAGUUAGGAAAAGG